AUGAAUAUAUUAUAUCGUUUCAUAUCACAUUGUCCUCGAUUUUAUCAAUCGAAUCAACGUUAUGUUCAUUAUUUAUCUCAAGCAAAUCCAAUUCGUCAACCUAAAGAUUUAGUUAGUUGUAUUUUAAAUAAUAUAAUAUAUCAUGAUGAACAACUUCUUGUAUGUAAUAAACCACCUGGUGUUAUGGUUCUUGAUGAAACAUGGGAUCGAAAAAUUGAUAUAAAUAACCAAAAUGAGGAAGAAGAAACAGAAGAAAAAUUUAGUUUAACAAACUCUAAUCCAUGUACUAUUCAAUAUCAUAUGCCACAAUUUCGAUUGGCUCUUAAAUGGGAUCAUUUCUUUCCUUGUUUACGAACACCAAAUGAACCGAGUGGUUUACUAAUUUAUACACAAAACUCUAAACUACAUGAUGAUAUUAAAUGUACAGCAAUGCGUUCGUUUCGAAAACUAAAAGAACCAUAUUUAACAUUGUAUGGUAUAACAACAGCUAUUCCACGCAAACUUGAAGAUUCACAUCGUAUUAUGAUCGAAAGACAUAUGUAUAAUGGACAAUAUUUGUCCUAUGAAGUAUUUGAUACAAGUUCAAAUGCAUUAAAACAAGGUCGAGUUUAUACAGGUACUAUUCAACAUCGAACAUUAUCUACAAAUGAUGAAUUAAAAGUUGCUUUAAUUGAAUUUAAAACUACAACAUGUACAUGGGAUUUUGUUGAAAUAUAUUGUUUACGUCAAUGUGCUCCAUUACUUGGUGAUAAUAAAUAUUGGAAUCGAGUAAAACUUGUUGCCGGUGUUCCUAUGUAUAUUAAUCCAAUAAAACAUAAAAUUUAUCCAGCAAAACAACAAUUAAAUAAACAUGUUCGAAUUGCACUUGAUCUCUAUGGACAACAAAUAAUAUGUCCACUCCAUUUACAUUUGACUGAUUUUAAUUUACCAAAAAAAUAUCGUCAACAGCGUGCAAUUGUUCAUUUUCAUGCACGACCAUUUCCUUAUUUUUAUGAAACACUUGAAAGACUUAAAUUGAAAUUUCCUGAUGAUUUAGAUAUGAAUAAACCAUUUGAACAACAAAUCGAUCAAGAAUUUGAAGAUGUUCUUAAUCGAUAA